CCGUGUAAUGUUUAGGUUAUGUUCGUAAAAUGUUUGUCUCUAAAAGGAACUUUUGUUUAUUUAUCAUAGUUUUAGUUCAAAUGAUAAGUGUUCUUGGACAAUUGGAAGAAGGAGAGGUCAUAGGAACAUUUCCUCUCAAAAGUCCAGAUCAAGAAUCUAAACCUGAACCUGUGGAAGUAAAAAAUGGAGACACAAAUAUAACCAUCAUUGAAACAAAUGUAACAUUAAACGAUUCUUCUUCUAAUGUGACCAAAGUCAAUUGUUUAACAGAUAAAAUCUAUCGACCGGUAGAAAUUGUCAAUGCAACUGCGUUGAUGAAAUUAUUAAUCUUAGAAUCUGGACCAACAAACAGAAGCAGAAAUGAUGAAGAAAGCAGACAGAUACCAGGAACAUGUGCAAUAGUAUUAUUCUAUGCAAGAUGGUGCAUAUUUAGUAGCCAGGCUGCGCCACCUUUUAAUGCAUUGCCACGUUACUUUCCACAUAUCAAAGCAGUGGCAAUUAAUGCUAUAAGAUACCAAGUUUUCAAUGCUCAGUAUGGAAUUGUUGGUGUACCCACACUGAUGUUGAUUCAUAAUGGAAAACCAGUGGCAAAAUAUAAUGGCACCUAUUACACGCUUGAGUUCUUCGCAAAAUUUAUAACGGACAUAACUAAUUUACAACCAAAUGAAUUACUGUAUCUUACAUCGCGGGACUUUAUUGGUCCAGUUUCCAGUACUCCUUCGAACGAAACCGAUUACUGUCUAGUCCUUUCGUGGGUUUUCAUUGCCGCCUGUGCUCUUUAUUUUACAUUGCAAAGUCGAUGGUGGCAACAGUUUGUUGAAUUAGUUCAGAAUACAUGGCGUGAGAGUAAUGCACAACAUGAACAUGCCGACUAA